UUACCACGAGAGGAGGGUGGUCAGCACCUUCCUUUCUCCCCCCAUCUCUGAAAGAAACGAGUCAAUUAAGACUUAAAUAUUUUUAUCUCUCUUUUUUAAGCAAGAAUGGUGCUCUCCCUUUUCCAAGCGUGGUCCAGAACGAAGGAUCCUUAAUCGAAUGGCACCCUCCUUUAGAUCUCUUCUCUCUUCUCGAUUGCUUGUUAUCUCUUCUUCUUCUUCUGCUGCAACUUACUGCUGAAAUUCCAGCUAAAACCCCAUCCUUUUCGUCCAAUUCAUCGCAAAAAUCUCCUUUUCUUUUGCCCCCAGCUACCUAGAGCUGCUGGAGUUAGCAGUUAAGGAAGUCUGGUGAUUUUUCUUCGAAUUCUCCAAGAAAAGCUUCGAAUUUGCGCGUUAGAGUUGAAGGAUCUGGUGGUCGUUUGAUGGGCAAUACAUGCCAGGGAUCUUUCGGAACCAAGAAUCCCCACAGCUUCGGCAAGCCGGCGGACUCUAAGCGGAAUCCCUCCUUCUCCCACGCCUCCUACUCCUACUCCGACUACGAGACACCCAUGAAGCCCGGCCGCGAGACCGCCGUGAGCCCUAGAGGGGCCCGCUCCGCCGCCGCCGUCAUGAGACGGGGCAUCGACCCCAACUCCUGCUACGUCCUCGGCCACAAGACCCCCAACCUCCGGGACCUCUACAUCCUCGGCCGAAAUCUAGGGCAGGGCGAGUUCGGCACCACGUACCUCUGCACCGAGAUCUCCACGGGGAUCGAGUACGCCUGCAAGUCUAUUUCCAAGCGGAAAUUGAUCACGAAAGAGGACGUGGAGGAUGUUAGAAGGGAGAUCCAGAUCAUGCACCACCUCGCUGGCCACAAGAACGUUGUCACGAUUAAGGGGGCAUACGAGGACUCGCUCUACGUGCACAUCGUGAUGGAGCUGUGCGCCGGUGGGGAGCUCUUCGACCGGAUUAUCGAGAGGGGGCAUUACAGCGAGCGCAAGGCGGCUGAGCUCACGAGGAUCAUCGUUGGGGUCGUGGAGGCAUGCCACUCCCUCGGAGUCAUGCAUCGGGACCUCAAGCCGGAGAAUUUCUUGCUCGUUCACAAGGAUGAUGAUUCCUCGCUCAAAGCCAUCGAUUUUGGCCUCUCCGUGUUCUUCAAGCCAGGUCAGGUCUUCUCUGAUGUGGUUGGAAGCCCAUACUAUGUUGCUCCUGAGGUACUAUUGAAGCAUUAUGGACCAGAGGCUGAUGUGUGGACAGCUGGUGUUAUACUUUACAUAUUGUUGAGUGGUGUACCACCUUUUUGGGCUGAAACACAGCAAGGAAUAUUUGAUGCAGUUUUGAAGGGAGGAAUAGAUUUUGAAUCAGAUCCAUGGCCAUUAAUAUCUGAUAGUGCCAAGGAUCUUAUCAGAAAAAUGCUAUGUUCUAGUCCUUCAGAACGCUUGACAGCCCAUGAAGUAUUAUGUCAUCCCUGGAUAUGUGAAAAUGGAGUUGCUCCUGAUAGAGCUCUUGAUUCAGCAGUCCUUUCUCGCCUCAAACAAUUUUCAGCAAUGAACAAAUUAAAGAAGAUGGCUUUACGCGUAAUAGCUGAAAGCCUUUCAGAGGAGGAGAUUGCGGGAUUGAGAGAAAUGUUCAAGGCAAUGGACACAGACAACAGUGGCGCUAUUACAUAUGAUGAACUGAAAGCAGGUCUGAGAAGAUAUGGUUCUACAUUAAAGGAUGCAGAGAUUCGUGAUCUUAUGGAAGCAGCUGAUGUGGACAACAGUGGUACCAUAGACUACGGAGAAUUCAUUGCAGCCACUGUACAUCUCAACAAGUUGGAACGUGAAGAACAUUUGGUGGCAGCUUUUUCAUAUUUUGACAAGGAUGGAAGUGGUUAUAUUACAGUUGAUGAACUUCAGCAAGCUUGUAGAGAGCAUAACAUGACUGAUUGUUUCCUUGAAGACAUUAUCAAGGAAGUGGAUCAGGAUAAGUUUUGUUUCAGGAUGGUCGUAUUGACUAUGGUGAGUUUGUUGCAAUGAUGCAAAAGGGCAAUAUGGGAGUUGGAAGACGGACAAUGCGGAACAGUUUGAAUAUAAGCACGAGGGAUGUAACAGGAGCUUUCUGAAUUUUUGUUAUGUACAGCUACUGUUAAAGAAAUCCAUUAUUUUCCAAGUUUCUUUUCCUGCCCUUUUUGUAUUUAUGUUGUGAAAUGAAAUAUGGAAAAAUAUGGUGUUUGAAUCUGAUGAGUGUGUUAAUAUAUU